AUGAAUAAUCCUGACAUCGAGCAGCAUAAAACAUUGUACAUUAGUCGGGAGGAGUCACGCAGUCCUUUAAACAUCGAAGACUAUUUUGAUGUUGAUAAGAAAAUCGCCAAGCCAGGUUUCAAGACUCUGGAUGGGAAAUUUAAUUGGCAUUGCAGCUGUGUCGCAAGCUACGUAACAAGUCCGUGUGGUGUCUACUUCCGGAAUUUUUUGGCAAAUAUGGACAAGUUUAUGGGGACUAAUGAUAGUACCCUCGAUGACAAAGCAAAGUAUACAUUUGAACAAUGCUACGCGGAGCUGACAACAUGCAUGAAGAAAUAUCCCUCAUAUUAUAAGUCCAUCCUGGAUCAGUAUAGUGAGUCCUUGCAGGAUGUGCUAAAUGAUCAGUUGACGUAA